AUGCCAAUCGCGAUGAGCACUGCCGAUGCCGCCCCACGAGUACCAGCCUGGAAGCGCAUUGGACUCAAACUAAAAUAUGCAAAAGACACUGCUCAAGACUCCGAGAACGUUCAACCACCAGUCGAGCAAUCACCAAAGCCAGUACCAGUGGAGACGCUGAACAAGUCCCAAAAGCGACCAUUUGAAGACACAAAACUUGCAACACCGGCCAAGAGAGCGAAGUCCUUUGAAGGACCUGCCAUUCACUCGAAGCCAUCCGGAGGCAAGAGGUCAGCUUUCGACGACUAUCAAAGGAGUCGCGCACAGGCGCCCCAACGACAUAUCGGGUCUCUAGGCCCAUCCGGCACUUUGCAAGCUGCUGGUGUUGCACCUAAGAAGGUCGUCUUUGACGACGACGACGACUCUCUGCCACCUCUUCCGCAAUACACUGCUGAGCUUGCCACUCCGGUCCAGCAGCCCGCUCGCCCACCAUCGCCACGCAAGUCAGUCUCAUUCACUCCAGACACCAAAGGACAGGACGGCUUCUCCCGCCAGAACUUCUUCAAGGUCUGGGCUGCUGGCGAGGACCCAGCCGAGAGGACUGCAGUUCCGGCUGUGGUGGAGGAGCCGAAGAGAGAAAAGAAGAAGAAAGUCAAGAACUCCAAGUCCACCCUAAUCGACAAGGACAAAUCUGCCACAAAGACCAAGUCUACGUCCAGAGAGUCGACCGGUGCCACGGAAGACAGCGACGCGUCCACACAAGCACUGCCAUACGUCGACUACCUCCAACAAUAUCACAAGGACCGUGGAAAUUGGAAAUUCUCUAAAAAGCACCAGAACAAUCUACUGAAGAACCUCUUCAACAUCUACCGCAUACCACCCAGACAUAAUCCGGCCAUUGUACAGUACAUUUCAACAAUACAAGGGGCGGCACGGCUACGCGUGGCUGAGGAAGCCCUUUCAGUGCUCAAGCGAAUCUGGAAACACCACAAAGACGAAGAAGACAUGCCGGUGGAUACACCCGCAGCACGCCGAGUAGCAUAUUACCAAGCUCUUCAUCGACAUAUCGAGCGCUACGCCACUUCUGGAGCUGGGCGGAUUCAGUACAUCGAUGAUCAGCUCAAAGAGAUGAAACGCGAGGUUGAGGAAGGCCAGCGCGGGGAGCAAAUACUUGACGUACUUGAGAAUGAGCUCGUUACGGCGAUAGAUGCGGACCUGGCCAAAGAAAACGCAGCCACACCAGCCGAGAUUGAGUCCUCAGCGAGCGAGCCCACCACCGUCGAACCACCUGCUCGAGCAAGAGAGAUCAGCGAAGCACCAACACCUGACAAUCUGGAGAAGAAGAAACGCAACAAGCGCAAGGCGAGGACUCGGGUCUCGGAGGACGACGAUGAGAGCAGUUCGGAAGAUAGUAGUGAACAUGAGAGCGAGUAG